AUGUUGUGUAGAGUAGGUUUAAAUAGUGCUAGUAGGUUGGCUGCUAGAAGAACGGUGACUGCACCAGCAGUUCGUUUCUUAACCACAGAAAGUACUCUCGUUGACCACACCACUGGUAAGACCAUCCAACUCACAGACCCAAGUCAUCCAGAAUUGGGUGACUAUCCUGCUUAUAAGGGGGUAUUGGCACAAGAUAAAGAUCCAUACGCCAAAUAUGAUGACCCACAAAACAGAAGAAACUUCAACGAUCCAUUAACCCACGACUACGAUUUGUACGAUAUCUGGUCACCAGAUUACUUUCAAUUUGUUUCAGAUAAGACCGCUUUGAAGCACAACGGUGUCUUUUUUGCACUUUUCUUUGGAUUCGGUGCAGUUUUAUAUUAUUUCCAGUUAAACCCAGAGAAGCCUGCCAUGCCUAGAUCAUUCCCAUUUGGAGGUUUGGCCAAGGAGUUGGGUUCAGGUAAGGCCGAAGACGAUGAAUUUUACAGAGUUAGGCCAGAUUUAACUGCUGAGAAGGAGCUUGGAUUUUUGAAGCCAAUUGGCAGCGUAACUGAAAAUGAAGAACAAUACAAGAAGGAAAAUGCUGAUUUCAUCACCGCUUAG